AUCGUCACACAUACUUAUAUAUGGAUUGCCAGGAAAUUUAUGCGCCGGGGGAUUAGUGUUUGGUUGGAUGUACCUGUAGAAGCCUUGGCUCAGAGAAUAACGGCUGUAGGAACUGAUUCUCGCCCACUCCUACAUUCUGAAGCAGGAAAUGCAUACAUGGAGACUGUCAAGCGUUUGUCUAUCAUUCGUGAAGAAAGAAGUGAAGCAUAUGCAAAUGCCAAUGCCAGAGUCUCCUUGGAAAAUAUGGCAGCAAAACUAGGCCAAAGAGAUGUGUCAGAUUUUUCUCCAACUGCUAUUGCUAUGGAGGUGUGUCACUUCCUGGUCCAUCCCCUUUUGAACUUCAUUUUAGCUUUCUCUUGACCAAGCUAACUUGCCCGAGAGCUAAAAUCGUAUCUACAUUUUGCAUCACUGACACUUAUUUGUGCCAAUGUAUUUCUCAGGCACUAGAACAGAUCAAAUGCUUUCUCAUAAGUGAAGAUGGCUUUUAAGCAUGUGCUAGCACAAUCUUGAGACACAAACAUGCUUUUAAUUGUGUAUAUUUUUCUCUUUAAUAAUAAUUAUAGAAUGACAAUGUUCUGUUUUUUUAUCGUUAAUUAUUAAUUUUUUCUGACUGAAGAAUUGAA